AUGGACGAGCUGGAGUCCCUGGACAUUAUUCGGAACAUGAUCAUGAGAGGUUCCAGUCCAUACCCCCAAACUGGUCAGGGGCCGUCAGCCAUCAAGUUGGCGGAUGAUCUUAGAACAAAAUCCGAAAAUCCUGAAAGUUCUCUUUACGAGAAGAUUCUUAAUCUUCUAGAGUCACCUCUAAGAGCAAAACGAAAACCACUACAGCUCGUGGAUCCAUCUCUCGGACAGCCCAGCGGACAUGAUAGUGUAUGCACAAAGUUUCAUACCAACAUCGUUGAUUUUUACACCUCGGGCGAGGAUUUCUGUACCUUGGAAAGAAAAAGUCCUGUCAACCACAUAAUCUACGAAAAGGAAGGGGGUCCGGCCAAGGUGAUGAAGAACGCAAUGCAAAGAUGGGAGCUCGGUAGCAUUGGACUCAAACACCGCUUCCGGUAG